CAUAGAGCAUUGCGGAGGAAAAUGCCUACUUGCUUUUGAAGCGUUAGCCAAAAGACCGAAAGCCGCAUGUCUCCACUCAUAAUAACUAUAUGUUACAAAAAAAAAAAAAUUAAUGCCCAUACGGACCGGUAAAUAUAAUUCCUAUUUUACCCUUAUCUUCUUCCUUCGUUCCGAAUUCUGAGCUUCAUCCAUGGUGGGACUGGUUGAUGGAGCUUCAGAUGUUUUGACCAAUCAAUUCCAGAAACCCUAGAUCAGGACAGAACACAAUUGAUGGGGACAGAGCUGAUGAGAGUGUGCGUCAAAGAAGAAACCGAUGAACUUCCGUCCGUUCCUCCUGGGUUUGAGUCAUAUUCAUCUUUGACCUUACAAAGGGUGGCACCGGGUGGAGAAAAGACAAAGAUUAACAAUGUAACAUGCGGCUUGCCCGCAGGAAAUGCUCUUGCAACAGAACGAGUUAAGACAGAAACCGGUUCUAACCUCUCCGAUACCUCGAAACCUGCAAGGCCUCCGAGGCGGAGACCUUGGAUAAACUAUGUUGGUUGUGAUGACGAUGAUGAUGCAAACAGCAAGCCCAUGUGUCAAAAGCUUGAUCAAAAUGUUAUUGCGAAGCCUUCUUUACCAAAGGGUGUCAUCCGGGGAUGUGCAGAGUGCCCUGAUUGCCAAAAGGUAAAUGCUAGAUGGCAUCCAGAUGAUGCUCGUAGGACAGAUCUUGAGGACGCUCCUGUAUUCUACCCAACCGAAGAGGAGUUUGAAGAUACUCUAAAUUAUAUCGCUAAAAUAAGGCCAACGGCCGAAAAGUAUGGAAUCUGCCGCAUUGUUCCUCCUCCAUCCUGGAAACCCCCAUGUCCGUUGAAAGAGAAGCAAGUAUGGGAGGGUUCUAAAUUUGCCACACGUGUACAAAGAGUAGAUAAGCUUCAGAAUCGGGAUUCAAUGAAGAAGGUUUCAAAGAACUUUAAUCAAAUGAGAAAGAAAAGAAGAAAAUGUAUGAAAACGGGCAUGGACGCUGUGGCUGAAAGUGGGAGCGGCUCCUGUUCCGAUACCACUGGAGUUUGUGAACUUGAGACAUUCGGGUUUGAGCCUGGUCCUCGGUUCACUCUAAAGGAAUUUCAGAAAUAUGCCGAUGAAUUCAAGGAUCAGUAUUUUAGAAAGAGUGAAAACCCUAUAGGUGGUGAAUGUAGUAAAGUUGUCAACUCUUCUGAGGGAUGGGAACCAUCGAUUAAGGACAUCGAAGGUGAAUAUUGGCGGAUUGUAGAGAAACCAACCGAAGAAAUAGAGGUGCUCUAUGGCGCUGAUAUUGAGACUGGGGUUUUCGGUAGCGGAUUCCCCAAGAUAUCGAGUCAGGAGGGCUCUUCUUUGGCCGGGAACUAUGUGAAAUCAGGCUGGAACUUGAAUAACUUUCCGAGGCUCCCAGGAUCUCUCCUUUCUUAUGAGAGCAGUGAUAUUUCUGGUGUUCUUGUACCGUGGUUGUAUAUCGGGAUGUGUUUUUCCUCCUUCUGUUGGCAUGUUGAAGAUCAUCAUUUGUACUCAUUGAAUUACAUGCACUGGGGUGCACCAAAAAUGUGGUACGGCGUUGGCGGUAAGGACGCUGUUAAACUCGAGGAGGCAAUGAGGAAGCAUUUGCCUGAUCUUUUCGAAGAACAGCCCGAUUUGCUUCAUAAGCUAGUCACACAACUCUCUCCAUCACUGCUGAAAGCUGCUGGAGUACCCGUGUACCGAUGUGUCCAGAGCGCUGGACAGUUUGUCUUGACUUUUCCGAGGGCAUAUCAUGCCGGGUUUAAUUGUGGUUUCAACUGUGCUGAAGCUGUGAAUGUAGCUCCAGUUGAUUGGCUGCCACACGGGCAAAUUGCCACAGAGUUGUAUUGCCAACAAGGGAGAAAAACAUCCAUUUCGCAUGAUAAAUUGUUACUCGGGGCAGCAAGAGAAGCCAUAAAAGCCCACUGGGAGCUUAACUUGCUGAAGAAAAACACUCCAGAUAACUUAAAAUGGAUAAAGUUUUGUGGGAAGGAUGGGAUUUUAGCAAAAGCCCUCAAGGCCCGUGUUGACAUGGAACGUUCAAGGAGGGAAUUCCUUUGCAAUUCCUCGCUUGCUCUGAAGAUGCACAGCAAUUUCGAUGCCACCAACGAGAGGGAGUGUUGUAUAUGCUUCUUCGAUCUGCAUCUGUCGGCUGCCGGUUGUCGUUGUUCCCCGGAGAAGUAUUCAUGCUUGACACACGUGAAGCAGUUGUGUUCUUGCCCAUGGGUUACCAAAUAUUUUCUCUUUCGGUACGAUAUUGAUGAACUAACUGUCCUUUUCGAGGCAUUGGAAGGAAAACUGAGCUCUGUGUAUAGAUGGGCACGUCAAGAUCUGGGAUUGGCCCUUGCACCCACAUCCGGAAACAAGAUGAGCUUUGAUAAAAUCUCUCCACGGGAUGAAGAAAAAGUGCCUAAGGACUUGACACCGGAAACAUAUGCAGUUUCAGGGAAGGAUUUGCAGGUAAAAGAAAUAUCGAGCGAAAAUCUAAGCAACCCAUCUGGGAAUUCUGGUGUGAUCAACUUGGAAAAGAAGAGUAAACCUUCAGAAGUUGGUUUAAGCGUCAAACAAGAACCUGUUUGUCAUUUUUCUGAGCUAAAGACUUCGAUAAGCCAACCGUCCCAUGGAGAAAUGCCGGUUACAACUACUGAACCCAAUGCUGGUGAAGAGCCUUGUCAGAGUUUAGAUAACGGUAUCAUACUUCUCAGCGACGAUGAAAUUAAUGAAACUAGGAAACCCUUUUCCGAGGGGGCAGGUGAGAAUCCUUCUGCGAAUAAUUUGGAACUCAGGCAGAAUGAUAAAAUGAGCCAGCAGGGACUGGACAAAGAUUUAGCUAGAGAAGCGUCUGGGAGUAUUGCUACCUCAACUGGCCAAAGGGAAACAGAUUCUGUUCUUGAUGUCCGGAGGAAUAUUGGCAAUCAUGGUUGUGGAAACCGUAAUAGCAAUGAUCGAGUAAAAAACACCGGAGUUUUGGCUAUUUCAGAUGCAGUGGAUGGGGCAAGAAGUAAUACAUGCCUUCCAUGUUCUCGAAAUAACAGUCCCGACAGGUUCAUCCGCCAAAAGGGUCCCCGUAUAGCAAAGGUCGUGAGGAGAAUCAAUUGCAACGUCGAGCCUUUAGCCUUCGGGUCAGUGCUUCCUGGAAAAUCAUGGUGCAGCAGUCGAACGAUUUUUCCCAAAGGGUUUCGUAGUCGGGUUAAGUAUAUAAACAUUUUGGAUCCAACGAAAAUGUGCUGGUAUAUUUCUGAAAUCCUCGAUGCGGGACGGGGAACUCCUCUGUUCAUGGUUCAGUUGGAAGAUCAUCCUAGCGAGGUGUUCAUCAAUGUAUCAGCUGCAAGAUGUUGGGAAAUGGUGAGAGAGAGAGUGAAUCAGGAGAUAACGAAGCAGCAUAAAGCCGGAAAAUCGGAUCUUCCUCCUUUACAGCCUCCCGGGAGUCUCGACGGUUUCGAAAUGUUUGGAUUCUCUUCACCCACGAUGGUACAGGCUAUAGAAGCACUAGACAGGAACCGGGUGUGUACCGAGUACUGGGAUUCCCGGCCGUAUUCCAGGCCGCAAGUUCAGUUUCCGGCAAACCCAAAUCCCGGAGACAUUAACUCCGGUGGCAGAACAACGGCCGAUGUGAGAAAUGCCCGAAGUGCCCCUGGAACGGACUCUGUACUCAGAGGCCUGUUCAGGAAGGCUAAUUCCGAGGAGCUAACGUUGCUUCAACAGGCUUUGAGCGAAGCUAGCUCGGGUUUGGUGACCCGACUUGUCGACGAAGAGAUACGAAACCGCCAAUGAUGAAUUUUUUUUCGGUUCGUCAUUUUUUUUUUUGCGACCCACUCAAUGUACAGGCCGAGCUUUCUUCCCUCGCUCGAGCUUUUCAACAUACGUCUCGUCCUCCGGCAUUUGUUCUACUCGUCGAUUCUUUUGGGAAGUAGAGAUAGGAAACAACAGGAAGAUUGAAAAAAAAAGGAAUGAAAACUUUCUUUGAUUCGA